UGCUGAGGAAAGAGACUCCGAUGGACUUACACCGGGCAGCGUUCAAGAUGGAGAACUCACCCUAUCUCCCCAACCCGCUGGCCUCCCCAGCACUGAUGGUUCUCGCCUCCACCGCCGAAGCCAGCCGUGAUGCUUCCAUUCCCUGCCAGCAGCCGAGGCCUUUUGGGGUCCCCGUGUCAGCAGAUAAGGACGUGCAUAUUCCCUUUACCAAUGGCUCAUAUACUUUUGCCUCCAUGUAUCACCGGCAAGGUGGGGUGCCGGGAGCGUUUGCAAACCGUGACUUUCCUCCAUCCUUGCUUCACCUACACCCCCAGUUUGCACCCCCCAACCUGGACUGUACCCCGAUCAGUAUGUUGAACCACAGUGGUGUUGGGGCUUUCCGCCCCUUUGCAUCUACUGAAGACCGGGAGAGCUACCAGUCAGCCUUUACGCCGGCCAAGCGCCUGAAAAACUGCCAUGACACUGACUCACCCCAUCUGCGCUUCUCGGACGCCGAUGGGAAGGAGUACGAGUUUGGCACGCAGCUCCCCUCCAGCUCCCCCGGCUCCCUCAAAGUUGAUGAUACGGGGAAGAAGAUCUUUGCCGUUUCUGGCCUCAUUUCUGACCGGGAGACCUCAUCCAGUCCUGAAGACCGAAGUGACAGAUAUAGAAGCGACAACCAAAGAGGGCCCCAGGCGUCUGCAACUGCCACUCAUCGUAUGAUUUUAACUCUCCCCCUCUGCAAAAAGAAAGCGACUUUGUUUGACAGCCAGGCUCCGAUCUGCCCCAUCUGCCAGGUCCUCCUUCGCCCUGGGGAGCUGCAGGAGCACAUGGAGCAGGAGCUGGAGAAGCUCACCCAGCUGAACAUCAGCAAGAGCUCCAUCCUGAAGGAUGCCAUGGCAGCGGGCACCCCCAAGUCAAUUUUGUUGUCGGCCUCAAUCAAGCGGGAAGGAGAUUCUCCGACAGCAUCACCCCACUCCUCAGAUGACAUCCAUCACUCAGACAGAUACCAGACCUUCCUGCGGGUGCGAGCGAACCGGCAGACCCGGCUGAACGCUCGGAUUGGAAAAAUGAAACGGAGGAAGCAAGACGAAGGGCAGGUAUGUCCCCUCUGCAGCCGACCUCUGUCAGGAUCCGAGGAGGAGAUGAGUAGGCAUGUGGAACAAUGCCUUGCAAAGAGAGAAGGUUCAUGCAUGACUGAGGAUGACUCUGUGGACAUCGAGAACGAGAACGGCAACCGCUUUGAAGAGUACGAAUGGUGCGGGCAGAAGAGGAUACGGGCUACUACUCUCCUGGAGGGAGGAUUUCGAGGUUCUGGGUUUAUCAUGUGCAGUGGCAAGGAGAAUCCAGACAGCGAUGCCGACCUGGAUGUGGAUGGAGACGACACACUUGAAUACGGGAAACCACAGUACACAGAGGCAGACGUUAUCCCUUGCACUGGGGAAGAGCCAGGUGAAGCCAAAGAGAGGGAGGCACUCCGAGGUGCUGUUUUAAAUGGUGGUACACCCAGUACUCGAAUAACACCGGAGUUUUCUAAAUGGGCCAGCGACGAAAUGCCCUCAACAAGUAAUGGUGAAAGCAGUAAACAGGAGACCAUGCAGAAGACCUGUAAGAACAGUGACAUUGAAAAAAUUACAGAAGACUCUGCAGUGACAACAUUUGAAGCGUUAAAGGCUCGUGUCCGUGAGUUAGAAAGGCAGCUUUCCCGUGGGGACCGCUAUAAAUGUCUCAUUUGCAUGGACUCCUACACAAUGCCCCUGACUUCCAUUCAGUGCUGGCAUGUGCACUGUGAAGAAUGCUGGCUGCGGACUCUGGGUGCCAAGAAGCUCUGUCCCCAGUGUAACACCAUCACGUCUCCCGGAGACCUUCGGCGCAUCUACUUAUGAAGGACCCAGCGGGAGGGCAGGACCCAGCUACUCAGCUCAGCUCAUCACACCAAGGGGGAGAAGAACGACAGCAACAAAAAAAAGACGUUUUAAAAUUUAAAGAAAAAACAAACCAGAGACUCCAGACAUGGACUUGAGGAUACAGGAGCAGUGGGGAGCCUUGGCUCCCAGGUCCCGCAUGUUGAGACCUCCUUCAGCAUCUUCAGCGGGCAAAACCAAACCCUUUGUUGUGAAGCCCCCUUUUUUAAAACCAGUAUUCCCCAUCCACCCGUUCCCUGGAGCUGGCUUUGCAUCGCGGAUGGCUCGUGAGCCCUCCUUUGGACUGUGUUGUUGACCACUCUGCCCCCAGGAGACUGGGGAAGGGACCCUUGACAGAAAGAUGUUAAAUAACCUGUAACUUGUGUUCUUUGUUCAGUUUUUUUGUUUUGUUUUUAUUUGUUUUGGUUUGGUUUUUGGUUUGGUUCUGUUUUGGUUUUUUGUGGUGUUCUAGUGAUAAGAAAA